CCAGCACUUUCUGGCUAUUAAACGUUGAUAUCCAUAAAUAUGUACUCGCUCCGCGCAUGCGCAGUAAGCGCUGGUUGGGAUGGGCGCUUGAGCUGGAAAAAUACAUCCUCCGCCGAAUGAGCUCGUCGAUUGUCAUUCCGGACGAAAAUACCUUUAUUUAGGUUUCAAUAAAAACACACACAUCCGACGCUAAAGAUGCCGAGUAAUAAGCUGGAUAAAUCGGAGAAGGUGGAGGUGAGUGAUAACGUGAAGGUGGUGGUGAGAUGUCGGCCCCUCAACGAGAAGGAGAGGAUGAUGGGAUAUAAGCAGUCCGUCUCUGUGGACGAGAUCCGGGGAACCAUUACUGUGAACAAAUUCGAUAUGACCAGUGAGCCGCCAAAGACGUUCACCUUCGACACGGUGUUCAGUCCGGACAGCAAACAGCUGGAUGUGUAUAAUUUAACCGCUCGGCCUAUCAUUGACUCGGUGUUAGAGGGUUACAACGGAACCAUAUUUGCGUACGGCCAGACAGGCACGGGGAAGACUUUCACCAUGGAGGGUGUCAGAGCAGUGCCUGAACUCAGAGGAAUCAUCCCAAAUUCAUUUGCUCAUAUAUUCGGCCACAUCGCGAAAGCAGAAGGCGACACCAGGUUUCUGGUAAGGGUUUCUUAUUUGGAAAUCUACAAUGAGGAGGUGAGAGACCUGUUGGGGAAGGACCAGAUGCAGAGGCUGGAGGUCAAGGAGAGACCAGAUGUGGGAGUUUACAUCAAGGAUCUGUCUGGAUACGUGGUGAACAAUGCUGACGAUAUGGACCGCAUCAUGACCCUCGGACACAAGAACCGUUCCGUGGGCGCGACUAAUAUGAACGAGCACAGCUCUCGUUCUCACGCUAUCUUCACCAUAACCAUUGAGUGCAGCGAGAAAGGUGUCGAUGGAAACCAACAUGUGCGCAUGGGAAAGCUGCACUUGGUGGAUCUCGCGGGCUCUGAAAGACAGGGAAAAACGGGAGCCACGGGCCAGCGUCUUAAAGAGGCCACAAAGAUCAACCUGUCUCUGUCCACCCUGGGAAACGUCAUUUCUGCACUAGUGGAUGGAAAAAGCACACACGUGCCCUACAGGAACUCAAAGCUCACUCGACUCUUACAGGACUCUCUGGGAGGGAACUCCAAAACCAUGAUGUGUGCGAACAUCGGCCCGGCGGAUUACAAUUACGAUGAAACCAUCAGUACGCUCCGCUACGCCAACCGAGCCAAAAACAUCAAGAACAAGGCCAGGAUUAACGAGGACCCCAAGGACGCGCUGCUGCGGCAGUUUCAGAAGGAAAUCGAAGAGCUCAAGAAAAAACUGGAAGAAGGUGAGGAGAUCUCUGGCUCUGACGGCAGUGGAUCAGAUGACAUGGAUGAAGAUGAAGUCGGAGACGGAGGCGAGAGGCGCAGGAAACGAAGAGGGAGGAAGAAGGUGUCUCCUGACAAGAUGGUGGAGAUGCAAGCUAAGAUCGAAGAGGAGCGGAAAGCGCUGGAGGCCAAACUGGACAUGGAGGAGGAAGAGAGGAACAAAGCGCGUGCAGAGCUUGAGAAGAGAGAGAAGGACCUUCUCAAAGCCCAACAGGAGCAUCACUUAUUACUGGAGAAGCUGUCCGCUCUGGAGAAGAGGGUCAUUGUUGGAGGAGUUGAUUUACUGGCUAAAGCUGAGGAGCAGGAGAAGCUUCUGGAGGAGUCCAACAAUGAGCUGGAGGAGAGGAGGAAGAGGGCCGAGCAGCUCCGGAGAGAGCUGGAAGAAAAGGAGCAAGAGCGCUUGGACAUCGAGGAGAAAUACACCAGUUUACAGGAAGAGGCUCAAGGCAAGACCAAGAAACUGAAGAAAGUCUGGACCAUGUUGAUGGCGGCAAAAUCUGAGAUGGCUGAUCUGCAGCAAGAGCAUCACCGAGAGAUCGAAGGCCUGCUGGAAAACAUCCGGCAGCUGAGCAGAGAGCUUCGGCUACAGAUGCUCAUCAUCGAUAACUUCAUUCCUCAGGAAUAUCAGGAGAUGAUCGAGAACUACGUGCACUGGAACGAGGACAUCGGAGAAUGGCAGCUGAAAUGUGUGGCUUACACGGGCAACAACAUGAGAAAACAGACGCCGGUGUCGGACAAGAAAGAAAAAGAUCCGUUUGAAGUGGACCUGUCCCAUGUUUAUCUGGCCUAUACUGAGGAGAGCAUGAGGCAGUCUCUAAUGAAGUUAGAAAGGCCUCGAACGUCAAAGAGUGGAAAGUCCAGGCCUAAAACUGGUCGUAGGAAACGUUCCUCCAAACCGGAAGCUGCGCUUGAAUCCCUGCUGCAGUGAGCCUCGUGUCUGAUGAAGACCGCCGUGUCUUGUGCAUUUUCAAGGACAGUAUACGUCUGAUUCAAGGCACUUUGACAUAAGUGUAUAUGAAAAUAAAUCACGUGUUAAUAUGCAGGAACUCCAGAGCUGCUCCAAAGCUGGGUUUAGGUGAGGAUAUAGCUUGCUGUAAAAUCUCUGUUAACGAUAGCACUCCAAAAGGCACGGUUCACCUUUAACAUAAACACUGUUACUGUAUAAUCUGCUUUAAACUGACGGCUGGGACGACGUAAGAGACGAGCUUGCCGUCAGGGAAUAUUGGCGAUUGACAAACGAUUCUGAUCUUAAUGUUUUUUACAAUUGGCAGCGUGCAAUUGCUUUAGCUCAAUGUACACAAGCUAUGCUACUUCUUUUUUUUUUUUUUUUUUAUAGUGAGAAUGUGCAUGCCAUGUUCCCCUGGCUGUGGUGCCAUUAGCUCAGUUUACUCUAACUGUAAUGUAUUUCCAUUGUGCACUGUAGUAAACUGUUAGUCUUAUGUAAUAUGUAAAAAUGUUUACAUUUUACCGUUUUUUUUUUUUUUUUCCGUAUUACUCCUUAAAUUAUUAAAUUAUUUUACAAAGUAAAAACAGCAGUGUAUAAUAAUCAUUUCAAAUUUCAAGAACAACAAACGAGCAAAAAAAUCAGUUUAGAAUACUUUUAUUCAUAAAUACAAUAAAUAUAUAAAUAACA